AGAGGCAACAGCACGCACACACAAGCGCGAUCGUCGUAUGUGUAAUACACGUAUGACGAUCGCACUUGUGUGCGCGUAUACUGUUGCCUCUCGGCCUCUCCCGAGUGGCAUCACUAAAAACGGCGCUCGAGUGCUUGUAAGCAACACGUUCUGUACGACGCACACGGCACACGUGCUUGAAUUGAUCGAAGGGCAAUUUAUAUCUGGGAGAAGCGAGAAAACACGAAAAAUUUUCAAAAAAUAUAGAGGAAAGGAGAAACCACACACACACAAAUCUUCGGCGGUAUAGUGUUCAUUAUCGAGCCUGAAAAGUUCGUUCGCGCGUGCUGUGUUUAUAACCUGCCAUGGGCGGAUCGAAUUUCCGAAGCGGAGGAUACAAUAGCUGCUUUUAAGAAUAUACAGGUAAUAUAUAUGUGAAAUAAGCGUAAUCAAGAGUGUAUCAGAAAUUGUGUAUCAGAAACUAUUAGAAGAGAUUUACUGUACGAUGUCGCAAUCCACACGAUUUUCAAAAAGGUCUUUGAAAAAGCCACCUCGAUAUAGAACUACUUCGAGCGAAGAGGAAGUAAGAGCUAAAAAGACUAAGCGUAUUAAUGAAGAAACAGCGAAGAACAAAGUUUCAUCUGUUAUGCAGAAUAUCCGUACUACGUUUCAAAAUGUUUCAAAUAAUACUGAAGAAAACACAGUAUGCAAUUUUGCACAAGCUAUGCACCGAAAAACUGUUAAUAACUUUCAUUCAGUUAAUGCGAAUAAUACAAGUAUUCCGUCACGACAAUUCAGCAUUAAUAGAAAUAGUUCUCAACGUAAAAUCCUGCAAGAAUCAAACAUUAUAACAGAAAACAUUAGACAACCAGCUGUUCAGCUAGGUAAUAUUCAAAAUUUAAGAAAUGAUAAUAGACAGCUCUUAAACAAUGUACAACCACGUUGUCAGCAAUCUUCUCAAAAUAUUACAUUCAACAAUCCAUCAGAAGACUCAAAUCAUACACAAGAGGUGGAAAAUACAGUAUCAGUUGAACCACUUCAAGAGGAAAACAAUGCACCAUUACUGAGACAAGGAAAUGAUGUACAAAUUGAAAUACUUCGCGACAUACAGCAGAAAAUACAAGGAAUAAAUAGGCGAUUGGAUUCGCUAGAAGAAAAAAUCGAUGGCAAUAUUAUAAAUGCAAUGCUCAUGAAACCGCGAAUCCUCCCAUUUUCAAGUAUAGAUACGAUAAAAAGGUUCACAAAGGAAGACAGGGUUCUUUACAAUGAAGUCGUAAACUACUUCAAAUUUUUAAAUUGUAUGACGUUAAAAGACAGCGUGCAUCAAUGUGUAAAAGAAUCUAUAACAAUGCAAGUAGCAACGAAACUGACAUGGUGGGGUGUUCCUGAUGUUAAAUUCCCAUUUUACAAUACAGUUUUAUGUCAAGCGAUUUACCAAGCCGUAGGAUCGAAUCGGUACUACCUUAAACCAACCAGAGAAGAAUUUCAAAAAGAAGUUGUGGCAUCUAUAAAAGUUGCAAAACAACGUUUGCGAAAUGCCAGAGAAAGACAUCCUGGAAUUCAAGGGAGGCGAAGAAACUUGCAGGCUGCUGCAGAUGCAUUGUAUAAUGAUGAAAACGUUAGCAAUCACGAAGAUGAUGGAAAUCAAAGCGAAGAUAGCGGCGAGCACAUUACAUACGCAGAAAAUGAAAACGAUAGCGACGAGCACUCUGAUGAAUUAUAAAUUUUUCUACGUUUUGUCUAGUAUAUA